AUGUCAUCGACAGCCACGCAGCGCACGUUGCUGCUUGCGCUGAGCGGUGUUUCACUAGCAGCUUUCUUCUUAUGGUAUGUACGAUCAAAGAAGGGACGUGCACCACGGAGAGAUAUGUCUAUUGAAGAAGUGAAACGAAGCGCUAGAACAGAAAAUGUAGACCAGAAGACGGAGUGGUCAAUAUCUCGUGAGGAGCCGCCAAAUAAAGAAAAACGAAUAACUCAUACACCAGCUAAUUCGGAACCAUCACUGAAGUCCAGUGUGGUGUCCGAGAAGCAAAACUGCGGUGUUGUCCCUGCUAUGACGACCGCAUUAGAUAGCGAGCCAGUGUCGAAUAUUAGCUCACCAUCGACUCCCCUUACCAAUGGGAUUCUCAAUAGCCAUGAAGAGGAGUCCCCCACAGCCUUCGACAACACAGGCGGUGAGCAGCAAUUAAAGGAAACAGAUGCAGAUAAUUUAUCUAGUAAAGAGGUUCGAAAUGAAGAACAGGAGCAGGUAUGUAAAAGUGCCGUGGACCAACAAUUGGUGCUGGACGUUUCCCAUCAGCCCGAACCGGAGGUGUUUUCAUGGUCAGACGAAAUGGAAAGGAGUUACGUGGAGUCUCGUAAAAAGGACGAAGAAGAGGAACAACAGCAGGAGGCCAAUGGGGCUAAUGGAAGUUCUGGAGAUUAUGCAACAAGUGAUUCACCUGGACUAGCAAGUCAAAAUUCUGAGAUUAGCAGGCAUCGUAUUGCUCCUCAUUGUCAUAUUGUCGGCACCAUGUUUUAUGAGCCUUUACAAUACAGCGCUUAA